CAAAAUGAAGACCUUCGCCAUUGUUGCCCUGCUCUUCGUCGCCGCUCAGGCUUCGACCAUUCGUCACAGCGAUGUGACUGGAGUGCACCUCACUGUCGACGAAAUCCAGGGUGCCCCCAAAUACCCUGAUGCUCGCAUCAUCAACGGCAUCCAGGCCUCCCGUGGCCAGUUCCCGUACCAGGCUGCUCUGUACCUGAACGGCCGCUCCUUCUGCGGAGGUUCCCUCAUCUCCACUCGCUGGGUGCUCACCGCCGCCCACUGCGCCUCCGGAAUCAACAGCUUCACUGUGUACCUCGGCGCCCAGAACCUGAACGCUGCCAACGAAGAUGGCCGCGUCAUCAUCGAGACCACCUCCAAGAUCGUCCACCCCAACUACAGCUCCCUCCUCAUCUCCAACGACGUUGCUCUGGUCAACCUCAACCAGGAUGUCCCCCUGAGCAACUACAUCCAGACCAUCUCCCUGGCUACUGGAUCCAACCUGUUCGAAGGCUCUGCCUCCCGUGUGAGCGGUUGGGGAAAGACCUCUGAUGCCAGCAACUCCGUGAGCCCCCAGCUGAACUACGUUGACCUGACCAUCAUCGCCAACAAUGUGUGCGCUCAGACCUACGGCACCCUCAUCGUGCGCUCCUCCACCAUCUGCGCCAGCGGCACCGAGGGUCGCAGCACCUGCAACGGCGACAGCGGCGGCCCCCUGAUCGACCAGGCCAGCGGCAAGCAGAUCGGCAUCGUGAGCUUCGGCUCCUCCGCUGGUUGCGCCAGCGGCGCCCCCAGCGCCUACGCCCGCGUCACCUCCUUCGCCGACUGGAUCUCCUCCAACUCUGGCAUCCCCCUCUGA